GUCCCCAUUUUUGUAUUAACAACAGCUGUUCAUAUUGCAACGUCUGCAUACUGGGAACUGGAGCAUUUCUGUUUGGUCCUAACCUAAUCACAACACAACACAAACAACAAAACAAAGUUCUAUCACAUCAACAAUGGAAGUAGGAAGAUAAAGGCGGAUUGAGGUUAGUCUUGUGAUGACUGUUGCCCCGGUGCGGAUAUUUUAUUAAGUGACAUUUAUGUUCAUUCUAAAAUUUGAGACACGAAUAUAUUAGCAAUGAUCGAAAGUGACAGUCCACUCUUCCAAACUUUGCUAGGAACUUUGUUCACAUGGGGAAUGACAGCUGCUGGAGCCGCUUUAGUUGUUGUUAUUAAUGGAACCCAGAGAGCGCUGUUGGACACAAGCCUGGGGUUUGCUGGAGGUGUGAUGGUUGCUGCUUCCUACUGGUCACUCCUGGCUCCAUCAAUAGAGAUGGCCGAACAGUCAAGCUACUAUGGCGACUAUGCCUUCCUGCCAGCAGCCGUUGGGUUCUUCCUGGGCAGCCUGUUUGUGUAUGCCGCUGAUAUCCUUAUCACCGCAUAUGGCUUACAGUCCGCUAGCAUCAUGCUUGCGUACGGGUCCAACGGCUAUACCAAGAAGACCGAUGGCUACCAGAUGUUUGCUAAUGAUGACGAGAGAUCAGCAGACAACGCUACAGUUGAAGGCUGUUAUGAGGAUCCAUAUGGAGCAGGAGCAAGACGCCGGGGACCGCCCUACCCUGCUUCAUCUACACUACCUACCCAUAUGCCUCAUUCCCUCCCCCGCACACAGUGGAAGCGCCUGCUUCUACUGAUAGUGGCCAUCACCGUACAUAACAUCCCCGAGGGCCUGGCCGUGGGGGUGGGGAAUGCUGCCAUCGGCUCCUCUGCCUCUGCAACGUAUCAGAGUGCCAGGAAUCUCGCUAUCGGGAUCGGGCUUCAGAACUUUCCUGAGGGGUUGGCGGUCAGUCUCCCGCUCAAGGCCGCGGGGUUCUCCACCUUCCGCAGCUUCUGGUACGGACAGCUGAGCGGAAUGGUGGAACCUGUGGCUGGUCUCCUGGGGGUCUUGGCCAUCUCGCUCGCCCAGCCGCUCCUGCCUUACGCCCUAGCCUUCGCCGCCGGCGCCAUGAUCUACGUCGUCUUCGAUGACAUCGUCCCCGAGGCUCACUCCAGCGGCAACGGCAAGUUGGCUACAUGGGGCGCCAUCAUAGGUUUUCUGAUAAUGAUGUCUCUAGACGUAGCGUUAGGCUGAUACUAGUAUGCCUUUUAUUAGUUUACGUAAAAACGUGGUCGAUGCGGGAUUUAUUUCGCCUUCUCUAUUCUUAUAGAUUAGGAGUGUAGAUUUAAUUGUUUUUUUAUGACUCGACUUGCUUGCCUAGCAGAAUAAAAUUAUUGCUAGGAAAUAAAUUUUAUAUUAAAACUUGAACUUUACAAAGUUAACAAAAACAAAUAUUUGUUUGAUCUACAAGUUUAUUUUUAUGAGGAAUACAAACUUUAGUACUGAAAAUUAAAGGUUUGUUUAACUGUAAACUCUUCCUCAGUAUCAAUAUAUAUUUUAUUCUUGACGUGAAGUUAUUUAUGUACUUUUAAAAAUUUGUUUCUAAUUUAAUAUUAAAUUUUCUUAUAGAUACUUGUCAAUUACCGCUAUAAAAUAAAUAUUGC